UUCCGCGGCCGGCCCGGUCCGCCCGGCCCGCCCUGGUCGCCGCGCGGCCCGUGGCGCGGCCCGCCGCCGCCGCCCUUCUUCCGCGGCCCGCGGCCGCCCUUCCGCGGUCCGCCGCCGUUCGACCCGAACUGGGGACCGCAUCCGGGCAUGAUGGGCGGGCCGAUGGGUCCGUACCCGCCUCCGCCGGGUAUGGGCAUGGGUCCGCCGCCGGGCUGGGGCGGUCCGAUGGGCCCGCCCGGCGGUCCGCCGCCCUUCCAGGGGCCGCCGCCGCAGCACGCGCCGCCGCCCCAGUUCGGUGGCAUGAACCUGGCCAACGUGUGGGUCGAGACCAAAAACGACGACGGCAAGCCCUACUACUACAACGCUCAGUCGCGAGAGACUACCUGGACCAAGCCGGAGGGCGACGGCGUGCGCAUCCUCACGCAGCAAGAGGUGGAGCAGAUGACUCAGUCGGUGGGAGGGCAGGCGGGCGGCGCCGCGGCCGCCGCCGGACAGCACAACAGGGUCAAGUCGGAGAGCGAUGCCGAGGGUGACAACAGCCAGGACUCGGACAACAAAGCGGACUCAUCGGCCGCCGCCGCGGAGGGCGCGGCCGGCGGCGGCGCGCCGCCCGUGGUGCCCGGCGGCCCGCCGCCCUUCGGCAGCGCGCCGCCUGGCCCCUUCAACAUGCCGCCGCCCUCGUGGAUGGGCGGCCCGUGGGGCGGCGGCGGCGGCCCGCCGGGGCCCGGCGGCUGGGCGCCCGGCACCGGUCCGCCGCCCACCAGCACCCAGAUGCCACCGCCCACACAGCCCGUCAUUCAGGGCGCACCAUCAGUCGACAACAAGGAGCUGGACCCGGAGCUGGUGGCCAGGGCUGCCGAGUGGACCGAGCACACGGCGCCCGACGGACGCAAGUACUACUACAACGCCAAGUCGCAACAGUCGGUCUGGGUGAAGCCGCAGCCCAUUGCCGAUCUCGAAGCGGCGCGGCUGGCGGCGCAGCAGCAGGUGGCCGCGGCGGCCGCCGCCGCCGUGGCCGCCGGCGACGUCAAGGCCGAGCCGCUUGAGGUGAAGCCGCAGCUGCAGGCGCAGUCGCAGCCGCCGCCGGCGGCCGCCACCGACGACCGCGAGUCGGCCGACGACGGCAUGGACGUGGACGACGACGAGGACUCGCGCUCGGCCUCCGAGACCAAGGAGGAGCCGGCGCCGGCCAAACAGGAGGACAAGAGCCGGCCGGUCAGCUCCACGCCCGUGCCCGGCUCGCCCUGGUGCGUGGUAUGGACGGGCGACGGGCGCGUGUUCUUCUACAACCCGUCGUCGCGUACCUCCGUCUGGGAGCGGCCCGAGGAGCUGGCUGGCCGCGCCGACGUCGACAAGAUGCUGCUGCCGCCCAAGCAGGAGCCGGCCGAGGCCAAGGAGGAGACCGGCGAGCCGCCCAGCAAGAAGGCCAAGCCCGACGAGCCGAAGAAGGAGGUGAAGGAGGAGCCGCCGAAGAAGAUCGACGUGGGCAAGGAGGCGGCCAUCGAGGCGGAGGUGCGCGCCGCCAGGGAGCGCGCCAUCGUGCCGCUCGAGAUCCGCAUGAAGCAGUUCCGGGACAUGCUGGCGGAGAAGGAGGUGUCGGCGUUCAGCACGUGGGAGAAGGAGCUGCACAAGAUCGUGUUCGACCCGCGCUACCUGCUGCUUACGUCGCGCGAGCGUAAGCAGGUGUUCGACAAAUACGUCAAGGAGCGCGCCGAGGAGGAGCGGCGCGAGAAGCGCAACAAGAUGCGCCAGAGCAAGGAGGAGUUCAAGAAGCUGCUGCAGGAGUCGGACCUCAGCGGGAAGACGUCGUUCAGCGAGUUUGCCCAAAAGUACGGUAAGGAGGAGCGUUUCCGCGGUGUGGAGAAGAUGCGCGAGAGGGAGAGCCUCUUCAAUGAGCACCUGCUGGAGAUUCGCCGCAAGGAGAAGGAGGAGCGCGCCGCCAAACGCGAACAGGUGAAGAAGGACUUCUUCACUAUGCUGCGCGAAGACAAACUGGUGAACCACCACGCGCACUGGUCGGACGUCAAGAAGCGGCUGGACUCGGACGCGCGCUACCGGGCCGUCGAGUCGAGCGGCCAGCGCGAGGACUGGUUCCGCGACCACGUGCACGACCUGAAAGAGGAGCGGCGCCGCGAGAAGCGGCGCGAGAAGGAGAAGAAACGCAAGCGUGCCAGCCGCAGCCGCAGCAAGGAGCGACGCAGCAAGAGCGGCGACGGCCAUCGCGAGAACGGCGAGCGCAACAGCCAGGAGCCGGCCGACGCGGCCGAGAGGGCGCCGCGCGAGGACGGCGAGAAGACGGACGAGGACUCUGAUGAGGAGGAGGAGCGGAAGAAGAAGGAGACGGAGGAGCGGGAGAAGCGCGAGCGGGUGGAGGCGUCGCUGCGGGAGCGCGAGAAGGAGGUGCAGCGUACGCUGGCCGAACACCUGCGCGACCGUGACAAGGAGCGGGAGCAGCACAAACACGCGGAGGCCGUGCAGCAUAUGCUGGCAGUGCUGGCGGACCUGGUGCGCACCACCGACAUCACGUGGCGCGAGGCGAAGCGACUGCUCAAGAAGGACCACCGCUGGCAGCUGAUGGACAGCCUCGAGAAGGACGAGAAGGAGAAGCUGUUCGAGCAGCACAUCGAACAGCUGUCCAAGAAGAAGAAGGAGAAGUUCAGAGAACUUCUGGACGAAUUGAACGUGGAGCUCGCAUCGUCCUGGAAGGAUGUUAAGAAGCAGAUGAAAGACGACCCUCGAUAUUCGAAGUUCUCUUCCAGUGACAGAAAAUGCGAGCGCGAGUACCGCGAAUACCUCAAGGACAAAAUGGUCGUGGCCAAGAGCGACUUCCGCGAGCUGCUCAAGGAGACCAAGAUCAUCACGCACGAGUCGCUCAAGAAGAUCACCGACAAUGACCAGCACAUGAAGGACAUCCUGGAGGUGUUGCGCAAGGACAAGCGCUAUCUGCAGUUGGACCAGAUCGCCGAGGAGCGCGAGCAGAUGAUCGUGGCCUACCUGGAGGACCUGGACAAGCGCGGCCCGCCGCCGCCGCCCACCGCCAGCGAGCCGUCGCGCCGCCUCGUCAAGUAGGCGCAGCUGGCUGCCGGGCGGGCGGGACGUCCGGUCGGCGCUGUUGCGGCGGCGAUCGGCCCGUGUGGAAUCGUGCAGGGCUCGCGGCCACGACCUGUGCGGUGUACUUUGGGCGGCGCCGCUCGCCAGGCGGGAGUGCCGCUGCGGCGGCCGGACUUGCUCGGCGCCAGUCCUUUCGUUUGCUGGGCGCCGACCCCGUGGAAACUAGUGCGAUUCCUUUGUACACAUAUCGUUGUGUUGAUUGUCGGCCGGCUCGUUUUACGUUGCCACUCGCGGUCUUCUCCAAAUCGAUUGGUGACGUCCGCUGGGAAUGAAUGUCCUUUACAGGAAACGAAUACAUUGGAGACAACGUG